GUUAGUGUUCAUGAAAAUCCAGCAGUCUGGGGAGGCAGCUUUGGAAUCCACCAGCGACAUCCAGCUCUCCGAGACAGAGUUGAGGGUGGAGAGAUGUCUCCCCUUCUGGCCCUGGGGCUCCUGGUGGCUGGGUUCUGCCCUGCUGUCCUCUGUCACCCAGGAGGCACACUUGACCAGCACAAUCUGACCUCAGAGGACCAAGACAAUGGCACACACGUAAACAACCUCAGAUUAGCCUCCAGCAACAUUGACUUCGCCUUCAGCCUCUACAAGCAAUUGGCUUUGGAGACCCCCGGGAAGAAUAUCAUCUUCUCCCCACUGAGCAUCUCCACAGCCUUGGCCUUCCUGUCCCUGGGGGCCCACAGCACCACCCUGGUGGAGAUUCUGGAAGGCCUCAAGUUCAACCUCACAGAGACCUCCGAGACAGAAAUCCACCAGGGUUUCCAGCACCUCCUGCGUACACUCAACGCACAGAGCGACCAGCUGCAGCUGAGCACGGGCAAUGCUUUGUUUGUCGCGGAGCAGCUGAAGCUGCUAGAGAAGUUCGUGGAGGACGCCAAGGGGCUGUAUGCGUCCGAGACCUUCGCCACCAAUUUUGAAGACUCCGCAGCCGCCAAGCAGUUCAUCAAUGACUACGUGAAGAAGGAAACCCAGGGGAAAAUCGUGGAUCUGAUCAAGGACCUCGACCCUCAGACGGUGAUGGUCCUGGUGAAUUACAUCUUCUUUAAAGCCAAGUGGAAGACGCCCUUUGAUCCCCACGAUACCUCCCAGAAGCGGUUCUACUUGAACAAGAAAAGUUGGGUGAUGGUGCCCAUGAUGAGCGUCCAAGACCUGAGCAUGCCCUACCUCCGGGACGAGGGGCUGUCCUGCACUGUGGUGGAGCUGGAGUACACAGCCAACGCCAGCGCGCUCUUUGUCCUCCCUGACGCGGGCAAAAUGCAGCAAGUGGAAGCCGCGUUGCUCCCUGAGACCCUGCAGCGGUGGAGAGACUCGCUGCAGAUGAGAUGGAUAGAUGAAUUCUACUUGCCAAAGUUCUCCAUCUCGAGUGACUAUAAUCUGGAAGGCAUACUUCCCCAGAUGGGCAUUAGUGAAGUCUUCACCACCCAGGCUGACCUGUCAGGGGUCACAGGGGACAGGAACCUGAUGCUCUCUCAGGUGGUCCAUAAGGCUCUGCUUGAUGUGGCUGAGGUGGGCACAGAAGCAGCUGCAGCCACAGGAGUGAAACUUAUUCCCAUGUCUGCAAAAGUAGGCCCAAAGACAACUGUGAAUUUCAACAGGACCUUUCUGGUGAUCCUCAUCCCCACAGAUUCCCUGAACAUCCUCUUUCUGGGCAAAGUCGCCAACCCUAAGCAAACCUAGAGCUCCCCAACAAGCGGUGGGUCCCCUGCUAAGGAGCCGGGAGUGGGAGCUGGGCGUGCAGGUCUGGGGGCACAGCCUGGCCUUUGCGCAGUGAGUGGCUGGGGCAUGCCUGGCCCUGUCUGCUCAUCCUUCUGAAGAAGAAAGUGACUGACUGUGUGGCUCCCACAUGCACAGGGAGCCCACGGACUCUUCCAUCUGGAGGCUCCAAGGCCUCCUGAUAGCAGUAAACCAUCUUCCUUGAACUGAAUACUUCCCUUGUGCCUUUUUGUGCUGACUGCCUGACUCUGUUUCCUGCAGUGGCCCAUGCCCCAAGACCAAGCUCCUGACCUCCCACGCAGGCUCAGUCCCAGCCUUGGCUCUGAGCCCAUUCUGCCUUCAGGUUCAGCAGCCUGACCAGGACCAUACUUUGCACCUAUGGUCAAAUGCACCUGGAUCUCAGGCUCAAGACCAGGAGGGGACCCCGAUGCCCUAAGACUGAUUCCUGCCCUAGAGACUACCUGCUCCCCAGUUUCAGCUUCACUCUUCUCUCCCCAGGGCCCAGGCUCUGCCCACCUGCUUACUCUUGCAUAGGGCUCCUAGUCCUGACCUUACCUAGCACAGCCCCUAGACCCCUCACCCUUGUAGCUGAGCAGGGCCUUAUGGUGGGAUCUCCCUCUUCUGCCCCCAGCACCCAUAAUCUGGGGAGAGCGGCUACUUUCCAGGUUCCCAUACUGAGCUCUUCAACUUCUUACCUGUUCCCGGUCCUCAUGCUGACAGAUAAUCUCCUUCGGCAACAAAUAUGCAGGGCUGGGAAUAAAUGAGCAAUAAAUGCACACCUGCAGUAAA